AUGUCCGUCUCAAUUCCUUCCAACGACGAAAUCGAGGACUUGAUUUUGUCCUGCCGCUAUGGAGACCUCGACGACAUACAGCACUUCGUUGAUUGCUUCGGCCCUGAUCACUUGAACAAUGCCCGCGAUGACAACGGCAACACUGUGCUGCACAUGGUCUGUGCUAACGGACACGCAGACGCGCUAGACUAUCUUUUGCCCAUUAUUUCGCCCUCGCUCAUCUCUGCGCAAAAUGCCGCAAAAUCGACACCGUUGCAUUGGGCAGCACUGAAUUCACACAUCUCCGUCGCACAGAAACUCGUGCAAUAUCCAGCAGGUCCUGGCGCAGACCUCAUCGACAUAAAAAAUGCUAUGGGACGUUCGCCGCUUGGAGAGGCUGAGAAUGUUGGGUGGGAGGAGGGUGCAAAGUGGUUUGUUAAGGUGAUGAACUUGGAUGAAGUUGGUAAGGGGGAGGAAGAGCUUCAGCCAGUGGAUGAACCAGAUGCUAUUGAGGUGGAGAUUCAGGACGCAGAGGGCCAAGUGGCAAAAAUGUCACUCAGUAACCAGGUACCUGAUGAGGAUAAGCACAUAACAUGA